AUGCAGGUGGGCCAGAACGUGGCCAUCGCUGGCAGCUCCGUCUCGGGACCGCCGAACAUGACCAGCCUCGCCGUGAUGUGGUACGAAAAGGAGGUCGGCAUGUUCGACGCCGGCGGCGUAGCCAGUUACCAGUUCUCCAUGCAAACCGGCCACUUCACCCAGUGGAUCUGGGCCACCUCGUACAAGAUCGGCUGCGGCUACGCCGGCUUCAAGAGUGGGAUGAUGAACAACAACUUUCUAGUCUGUAACUACGGUCCGGCCGGCAACGUGAUGCGCUGGCCCAUCUACCAGCAGGGAUCACCGUGUUCCGCCUGUCCGCGCGGAACGACGUGCGGCGGCGACAGCCGCUACCCGAACCUCUGCAAGGCAGAGGGCGACGAAGUGCCGGGAGGAGGCGGUCACUCUGCCUUCGGAGAGGGUCAGUACGAAAAGCUGAACUCAGGCUCGGUGCCGGGGCGCAGUGCCCUGCUGGCCGGUCUGUGCGGCGCUCUGGUCGUCUGUGCGUCUGCCCAACUGCUGCCGUGA